AUAAUGCACAGCCAAUAUCGGAAUCAUCAUUUAACAAUAAUAGUCUGAUGGAACGACACAGUCAACGACAACGUGGAAAAUUAAAUAAUUCUCGUAGAUCGUUAUAUUCCUGGUCACGAUCAGAAACAUCAUCAAAUCGUGAUUUGACUCGGAAUAGGAGUAGUAGCUUGAAUUUGAGCGCUAUACAAUUGUUAUUGGUACGUAAAACUUGGGCUCAUGCAAGGAAUCAAGGCGCAUUGGAACCGGCGAUAAGCAUUUUUCGAAAUAGUUUUUAUAAAUGUGGUGAAAUUCGAUCACUGAUUAUGGAUGGACCGAAAGAUGUAGGCUAUGAACGACUAAAGAAACAUGCUAAAAGUUUUACGGAUAUUAUGGAUCGUUUAAUAACUGGAUUGGAUGCAAAGGAAAGUGUAAUUGAAGAAUUACGGAAAGCUGGACGGGCACAUGCUUCAUUGCUUCGUGGUACCUCCAAUAAAUUUGAGAAGAAAAGCAGUAACAAUAGUAGUAGUAGUUGUUGUGAUCAAUCAAUCAAUUGUCCAUUUCGUCUUGUUCAUUUUGAUCAUUUCGCAUCAGCGAUUAUUGAACGAACUCUGGAAUGGGGUGAAAAAAGGGAUCGUAAUAAAACAACACAAACUGGAUGGACAAAAAUUGUACUAUUCGUUGUGGAGCAACUUCGAGAAGGAUAUCAUGAAGCAAUUCGAGAGGAGAGACGAGCACGACAAUGCAAAUGA